AAAAACAAUAACAAAGGCUUUGCAGCUUUGCACAAAGCUCUUUAACGUUUUUAUCGCGUCCAUUUAUUUAAGUAUUGCUUGAUAUCUCAUACACUUCAUUCUGUAGUGUAUAUAAGUGGAAUAAAUAAACUGACGGAGAUACUGCUGCGUUACCCUUAACCGGUACCAUCAUGACAACUCCCGAGCUUUGCGUCAGCAGGUUCUUCCAAGAAGACUCCACAUUACCAGAGAAGAGUCCCAAUAGAACACUAUCAACAAAUCUUGAUUCUUCCCAAGAAUCUCAAAACUCCAGCCAGUGCUCCCUCGACGACCCGGACCUACUCAGCCUCUCCCAGCUCACUAUACAAGAACAAGAACCAAUCAAAAUAGACCCCUUCUAUAACAUAACUCCAAGGGAAAUGCCACUAUCACCGCACUACGUCUUCGAAGAAGAAUUUUCCUCAAACCCCUGGGCGAUGUUAAUAGCAACAAUCUUCCUAACGAAGACAUCAGGCAAAACCGCUAGGCCCCACAUGCUAAAAUUCUUUCUAGAAUAUCCCACCCCGUAUCACGUUUUAAACGACGCUCCUACGUCAUUGGAACGUUUUUUUGAUACUUUAGGAUUAAGGAAACGAGGGCAUAUGAUUUGGAAGUUGACUUAUCAGUUCGUUUCGUCAAAAUGGCGUCGGGCUAGCGAUCUCUAUGGCAUAGGGAAGUACGGGGAAGAUGCGUAUAGGAUAUUUUGUAUGGGGCACACAGAUUUAGAUCCUGGGGAUAGGUAUUUGAAGCUGUAUUUAGAUUGGCUGCGUAAAACAGAGUUUUUGAAGGAUAACGGAGUGACCGACUGUGAGUUCGUUAUCGAGGACCCGGCGUUGAAAUAUUAUAGCAUUUCAUUAAGGAAUGCUGUCUUGCUGUCUAAAAGUAAAAACUAUAAAUUAUAAAUGUAAAUCUAUUUUUCCUUUUUUCCACGUUAGCCAGAGUUGAUCAUCGUUGAUUUUUUCAUUGUGAUUGUCAUCUGUAUUUACAAUUUAUAGACUAUAAAUUUUAUACUAGCUG